AUGCCCAGAUCCCAGCUUCAUGGUCCUGACUUGCAGUUUGGUUUUGUUCCCCCCAAUGUGAUUGUGGAGGCAGGUGGCACUGUGGAGGAUAAGGAUAGUUCAGAAGACUCAGAGGAGGAUAAGGAUGGUUUAGGUGAUGACAAGGAUGAUUUGGAUGAUGACAAGAAUGAUGCAGACACUAACAAUGUUAAUGAUUUCAUGCAUGAUGGUGAAGUCCAGUCCCUUACCCACAGCACUAACUCUCUGUUUUGCACUAACAACUCUCUGAUGAAGAAAAAGAAACAUGCACAUCCAAUCUCUCCAUCUCAGUCUACUGAUGAUGGUGCUACUCUACCCCCUUCCUGCAUGAAGAAACAGAAUAGUGCUAUCCUGCCCCCUCCCCAUGUGACAAAAAAGAUAUGUGUGCAUCCUGUCUCUCAAUCUCAGCCUGAAAAUGAUAGUGACAUCCUAUCUUGUCCCCAAUGUGCCGACAACUCCCAUGCUCGCUCUGUUCCAUCAAUGGAUAGCAACAUUCCAUCUCCUCCAAGGCACCGUGAAGCAGCUAACAACCCAGGUAGAGGGAACAACUAUGCUAGGAGCUGGGAUCAGCUGGUGGAAAGCAGCCCUAAUAAUGCCAGUUCUGUGGUGGAUGAAUCAUCUGCCAACAAAGAGGACAAGGUUGUAGACUCACCCAAGAGGUGGCAUUCAGCCAACAAAGUAGUGUCUCAAACCAUUGGGUUUUAUCCCUACUCUAGGAAAGACAUCCUGGAGGCCUCAAAGAAGAAGUCACAACUAGGGUUGGUCAUGGAUGGUGCCGCUUCAAACUGCAAGACUUUUAUUGAGAAGACAGUGGAUGAUAUUGGCGUCGAUGACAGCUACUGGGAUAGAUAUAAACAUGACAUGGCAAUUAUUUUAUGGGAUGACCAUGCUACAAUGUGGUCUGAGAUGAAAAAAGCUGCACAGUCCAUUACUGCCACCAAGUUUGACAUCCUACCAUCAGACAUUGACAACGACAAUAAGUUUGAAGACUAUGUCAGUCAACAAGUCACGGAGUUAUUGGAUGGAGGCUAUUUCUUGCAGAAUGGUGUCAAUGAACAGGUGGGUUGA